CUCCUCCGCUGUGGAUGCAGCAGUUCUGGGCGCUCUUGUGGAAAAUUGCCCUCAAGAAAUCGUUUCUCUCAGGAUUUGAAGCCACCUGAUGAAAGCCGUUCCCGCUGGGCUACUAUCCUAAGCUGUUAAUGUGGGAUAUAUAUAUAUACUUGCCAUUAAACUUAGUAACAAAAAAACUUCUAUAAAGAAAGAUAAAAUAAAAAAGCUUAUAAUAUUUUCUCAAUAACAUAUUCAAACUCUAUUUUAAAUAGUUGAUCUUGGUUAUGUUGGGUCGGCUUUUACUUGGUCGCGGGAGUUAAUUCUUGUAAUAUCAAUAGUGCUCGAUUGGACCAUGUUCUUUGUAAUGCUCAUUGGAAGAGUGCCUUUCCUCAAGCUUCAGGUUUUCAUUUGCCGAGACAUUGUUCUGAUCACUGUCCUUUGAAGUUGGCUUCAUCUUUUAGCUCUAGUGCUUCGGGCCCUGGGCACUUUCCGCUUGAAGCAGCCUGGUUAACUCAUCCUAACUUUCAUAAUAUGAUUUCUCAAUCUUGGGAUCAUUCUAAGCAGUUUUUGAGAACAAUACAAUUCUGGCCAAGAACCUUACUAAAUGGAAUUCUGAAAGCCUUGGAAAUAUUUUCAGGAGGAAAAGAUGGCUCUGGGCACGUGCCAUCCAACACCAUUUAGCAUCUUCUCCUAAUCCAGGGCUUGUAAAGCUAGAGAAGAAACUUCGACAAGAGUUGGAUUUGGUUCUUCAUCAAAAAGAAGUUCACUGGUUUCAGAAAUCAAGGCGGGAUUGGAUCAUGUCUAGUGAUAGAAAUACUAAGUAUUUUCAUCUAUCUACUCUUGUUCGCCGUAGUAAGAAUGUUAUCCAAGGGUUCUUGGAUAAAAGCUAGAUAAUGAGGAAUGUGUCUGGGACUAAGAGCAGCUUAAAUCCAUGGCUUAUAAUUUUUUUCUCCAACUUUUAUUAUAUUGAGGAAGGUAUCUGAUUCUUUUCACCUGCUGCCAAAUGGUUGUUUCCCUCAGUUAUCUCAGCAUGCCCAUGAUCUUCUGGACAUAAUAGAAUAUGUAUGUCAUCAAUUGGAACUAAACACCUGUAAAGCUAGUAUAUUUUUUUGUGUUUUUUGUGUAUAUGGCAAACAUUGUAAGAAAACAUGUUUAGAGAAAAUCAAUAAUAUUUUUUCCUCUCCCAAACUUUGACAUGGUAUCAGAGCUGCUGCGUCCUGGAAAAUAAAUUGUUCUUCCUCUUGCUGCUGGGUCUGCUGGUUCUUGCUGUUCUUCUUCUUGCUGCUAAGUCUGCUGCGUGCGUCUUCUUGCUGCUGGGUCUGCUUUGAUUGACUGUGUUGUUCUUCUUCUUGCUGCGUGCAGUCGACUACUGGGUCUGCUGAAAACACGUCGACUGUGCGUUUGCUGUGUUGUGCAUCUGCUGCGUGCGUCUGUUGUUCGACUACUGUGUAGACUGUUGUGUGUCUGCUGCUUGACUGAUUCCUUGGGUGUCUUUCACCUGGUUCGCUUUGAAAAUAAACAGAGAUGGGGCGCACAGUUGAUUUCGUCGGUAAUGCCUCAGUGUGGCUGCCGUUUUGUGUCUUGUUUCAAGAACAUUGAUGUGCGACUUAGAGUUGGUGCGCAAGAAGAACAGUUGGUGAGCAGCUGGUGAGCCGCAAGAACAGUUGGUAAGUCGGAAAUUUUAUCGAACAGUUGGUGAGCAGGACGAAACUUUUGAUUUUGUUUGGAUUCUACUGGUAGUUGGGGGAGGAUUGCAGUUGUAGUCGUAUUAUCAAAUGCUGCAUUCUGGGCAGCGUUAUAUGCACGUGCUGCGUCGUUAGGUGUUUGUUUCAGCCAUUGUGUGUGUGACGGGAUUGGUAGUGCUGAGUUUCUUAACUCGUUUGCCCAUAUUGCUAUGGGUCAAGAUCGAGUUAUUGCAGAUUUAAAAUAUAAACCCGUUUGGGAUCGUCAUCUUCUUGAUCCUAUAAAACCCUGUUAUCGAUCUCUUUCACUAUUAGGCCGCAUCAACAGCUACGACAGUUAGUAUGUGAUUAGCCACUGCAACAGAAAGAGAUGCAUAUGUCUUGGUAAAUGAUGCAACUAUAGCUAUUACGGUAGUUUUCUUUUGGGGUUGGCUUCCUGAAGCCUUUUGAGUUCUGGAAGAAGCGUUUGUUACAGGGGUUUAUUCUAACCUUUUUAAGUGGGCAGUGAUCUUUUCAAUGGUUACUGAAGAUUUUAAUUCUAUACAAACCUUUAAAAUUGAUGAUCAGAAUAGUGAAUAUUACAUCCACCCAAAUGAAAAUCCAAUUCCCAUGUUAACUUCAUAUCAAUUAAUUGGCAAUAACUAUCAUAGUUGGGCACAAUCUAUGAAGAUGUCUUUGAUUUCAAAGAACAAAUUUCAAUUUGUUAAUGGUUCAAUUAAGGUUCAUAGGGAAGAAGAUCCUUCUUACAACGCUUGCUUGAAAUGCAACAAUCUUGUGCUUUCCUGGUUACAGAGGUCCCUUAAUACAGAAAUUGGGCAAAGUGUAAUGUGGCUGGACUAUGCAUAUGAUCUUUGGGCAGACUUAUAUGAUCGUUUUUCACAAGGGGACCUUAUAAGGAUUUCUGAUCUUCAGCAGGAAUUCUUCUCUCUGCAACAAGGUAACCUUUCUGUUACUACUUAUCACACCCACUUGAAGAUCUUAUGGGAUGAGAUAUGUAAUUUGAGACCUCUACAUGCUUGUGAGUGUUCUGCUAAUAAGUAUAGGAAACAAGAUUUUAUCCUAAAGUUGCUUAAAGGGUUAAAUGAGAACUUUUCUGUCCAAAGGUCUCAGAUUCUUAUGAUGAAACUAAUGCCCCCUGUGAAUGAAAUAUUUGCUAUUGUGAUUCAACAUGAAAGGUCUUUGAGUGCUGCUACAGUUUCUUGUGAUUCAAACAUACUGCUUGUCGGGAAAUUCAAUAUGAACACUCGAAGUAGAGCGAUUGGUUUUAACCUUGAACAUAAUCAACACUUGAAGAAUAUGAAUGGUUUUAGACCGAAGAUGGAAAACCAACAACUCAACCUUGGUAACAGUCAAAAAAGAUUUUUUGGCAAUUCUGGAACUUUUCCAAACAAUGGGGCCAAGAAGCCUACCUGCACUUUCUGUGGAAUGUAUGGGCAUCCUCUUGACAAGUGUUACAGAAAGAAUGGAUUCCAAUCGGGAUACAAGGGAACAAGCAAGAAUUUUCAGAAUUCUACAAACCAGAUUGCAUCUUUUCCUUUUGACAAUCAUAAUUUUUCAACUACUGAACAGUUGGCAUAUCAUAUGAAUUAUGACAAUCAUAACUCUUCUCACAAAUCUGGUGAUGAUGGUCCUAUUACUUUUACAAGGGAUCGGUAUAAUAGUCUGAUGCCAAUAAUUCAAGAAAAGGCAGUUGAUUCUCAUAAUGCAGCCAACUCCCAGAUCAAUGCCUUAUCCUCUGUCUUCGAUCCUAUUGCUAAAAAAGGACAUGAAACUUUGGAAUGACUGGUAUAGCUAAGCAAGUGAAUGGAUUGUAUCAGCUUUUACAACAAGAAGAUAGUGAGAAGUUUUUAAAUUCAUUUCCUAUUAGUUGUAAUGUCGUUGCUUUUACUCUGUGGCAUAACAGACUAGGCCACCUUUCUAAACAAGUAAUGAAAUCUCUUGA